GAUGUUAAAUUCACACCUUUGAUUUGUAUUUGAUCGUUCUGGAUUAUCAUAUAUCUACUCUGAGUGACCAUACUUCCUACACUAUUAUUAAUGAAAAGGUGACUUUAAAAUUAAAAAAUUGAAUGCCUAUUCUGGCGGAAUCAAGAUUACAUGGACUGGCAAAUUUACUGACAACAUAAUAACAUGGCGCAAUACUGUGUAUAGUGCACAGAUUAAAGAUAAUAAGGAUGUCAGACUGUGAGUGUGAUUUCAGCGACUGUGAUUGUGAUUGCGGAGGUUGCAACGAUUGUUGCGGGGAUGAUCAAGAUUGUUGUGGAUGCUGUAACGAUGACACCGGAAAUGAUCAAACUAAUGUUGAAGGACAAAGGGGAGAUAACCAAGGCUGUUGGUUUUGUGUCAUAAUGACGGACGAGGAUUGCGAUUGCUGUGAUAAUGAGCGCCGGAGACGCAGACGUUAUGAACAACGACGUCAGAACGAGGCUCAAAACUGUCAACUACAACGUUAUGAACAAAAUGACCAGAACGAGGCUCAAAAUGGUCAACCUGACAUGCAGACGACACAGACUGAUCCAAACAAUCAACCGGUGAUCUCAACUCAGCCCCCAUCUUACGAUGAGGCAACCAGUGAUGCGGUUACAUCCCAGCCAGUUUGAAGAAUUAAAAAUCGGAAUAAAAAACGGUAUAUGGGACUUACAAGUCGUAUUUAAUGAAUUCUUUGGAAUAGUUAUACCGUGCAUGAAAGAGAAAGACUGGAAAAUGGAUUCUAUGGUCAUACUAAUUAAAUUAGUACACUCUGUCUCGAGUUUUUGCUUUCAUCACUUUUCGCUUAAUAUUUCGAUAAUGAUAAAUCCCUUUGUGCUAAACUACAUUCAUCCACUAAUAUGAAAAAUGUCCAAAUUAUCUGUUUUAAAACGCUCCCUCUGCCGCUUCAGGUUUCAAUACACAUCCCAAAAUAGAAAGUCUACGGGGAUUUUGCAUUGCAUACGCCGUUAAUAAGCCCGGAUGAUAACGUUGAAAAAUAUUACGCGAGGUGUCCCGAGUUCUUCCGAAUGGAGAAAAGAUGUAGACAUUUCCCAUUAUAAAUCUCCGUCAGAAAUUUGUUUUCGUUCCUGUGAACUUUUAUGAGUGAAAAAUGAUAAUUUGUCAAUGAAGAUAUCUUGGAUAUUUUCCGUUUCGUCAAUUUCAACUGUACUUCUUUCACAGGUAUGUGUAUUUUUAUUAAAAAUCACCAAAAAGUGAUGGAAGCAAUAACUUGGGACAAACUAUAGUAUAGGGGGAAGUAAAUCUAGGUCUGUGAAGUAGUUUGAAAUCUAGAUAGUGUUGAAGGUGUCCUGUCUGGCUUUCUUUCCUGUGAUUUUAUCAACGACUUUGUGAAAUGGUACUAUUAGACAUAUAUUACUAUAUAAUUCAACAUUUUAUGUUACAUGGUGCUUUAUCAUUGUACAUGUGUGUGUGUGUGUGUGUCAUUUUUAAAAUGCGUUACUGUGACGUUCAUUUAUACAUUCACCUACUUUAAAUUUUCUGUACAUGUAUACAUUAUAAAUACAAUGUAUCUUUUGAUACGCGGUAGUAGAACAUUGAUGAAAAAUUUAAUGUUGUGACAUUUUUUAUUACUGUGCUUGGCUUUUUAAUUUUUUCCCAUAUAUAUAUUUGGUAUUACAGUAUAGCAGCUACAAUGGAGACAGCUACCUUUUGUACACAUUCCUAUCCACAUAUACAAUGUACGUGUUUUUAGAAAAAUGUACGCCAUAAAUUUAUAUUUUUAUUGUAUAAAUUCAUUUUUGGGCGUUGAUUUUAAUCAACUCUCUUAUGCAGUUACUCAGGCAAACCGAAAGUGAAACAGUGUUUGGACCUAAGCACAAAUCAACACCGCUAGCUGACAUCAUUUAGUUCUAAUCAAUAAAUUCGAUGUAAUGAGUUCUUAAGCAUUGUUUUUCAA